AUGGCCCAUGAGACAGUAGUUCCAAGGGAAGGGCGACCAAUUGGUCACUUCAGUGUAAACCUUCCUAACAAGUGGUGCGAUUGUGGGAAUUAUCAAGCUAAACAUAUGCCUUGUUCACAUGUCAUAGCAGCAUGUUCUAACAUAAAAUAUGAUUUUUGGAGCUUUAUACCUGAUGUGUACAAGGUGGAAACGGUACUAAAAGUCUACGACGAAGCGUUCCCACCCAUAAAAAAUAAAGGAUAUUGGCCAAAAUAUGAAGGUGUUAAGGUAUGUCACAAUCCACUAAUGCAGAAAGUUAAGAAAGGUCGGCCAAAGAGCAAACACAUUAAAACAAAAAUGGACACUACAGAAAGAGUACCAAGAAAAUACAGAUUAUGUUGGGUAUCUGAUCAUACUAGGAAACAUUGUCCAAACGCUGUGGACACGUUUACUCAAAUUUGA